CAACAACCACCUUUUGGUUCUCCAUCUAUAAACAUUUAAAUACUUAUUGCUUCUUGCUUAUUCUCCAGUACUACAAAUUAUUUGAAUGGCUCCCGAAGCUGAUGCCCCUGUCAUUCCUCUUCUCACGCCCUACAAAUUGGGUAAAUUCAAUUUGUCUCAUAGAGUUGUUUUGGCACCGUUGACGAGACAGAGAUCAUACGGUAAUGUUCCUCAGCCUCAUGCCAUAUUGUAUUACUCUCAGAGAACUUCUCCAGGAGGACUUUUGAUAAGUGAAGCUACUGGCGUCUCUGACACUGCUCAAGGAUUGAUACACACACCAGGUAUAUGGACAAAAGAGCAAGUUGAAGCAUGGAAACCCAUCGUGAAUGCUGUUCAUGCCAAAGGUGGUAUAUUCUUUUGCCAGAUUUGGCACGUUGGGAGGGUCUCAACUACAGAUUUUCAGCCAAAUGGGCAAGCCCCAAUAUCUUCCACCGACAAGCCACUGAAACAACAAACGGGAAGCAAAGGCACCGAGGAAACACAAUUGACAAUACCAAGGAGGCUAAAGACAGAUGAAAUUCCUCAUGUUGUCAAUGAUUUCAGACUUGCUGCAAGGAAUGCUAUUGAAGCAGGCUUUGAUGGGGUUGAGAUCCACGGUGCUCAUGGCUACCUACUUGAGCAAUUCAUGAAAGACGCGGUGAAUGAUCGAAGUGAUGAAUACGGUGGAUCACUUGAGAACCGUUGCAGAUUCGCUUUGGAGGUGGUUGAAGCUGUUGUAAAGGAGAUAGGGGCAGAAAGAGUAGGGAUAAGGCUAUCGCCUUUCACAAAUCAUGCAGAAUGUGAAGAUUCGGAUCCCAUAGCAUUGGGGUUAUACAUGGCUAGUGCUCUCAGUAAAUAUAAUAUUCUGUAUUGCCACAUGGUGGAGCCAAGAAUGAAAACUGCUCUUGAAGUAGUUGAGUGCUCUCAGAGCCUUGUUCCUAUGAGAAAGGCCUUCAAUGGAAGUUUUAUUGCAGCAGGAGGUUAUAGCAGAGAAGAUGGUAUCAAUGCUGUGGCUGAAAAUAGAACAGAUCUUGUUGCUUAUGGUCGGCUGUUCUUGGCUAAUCCGGACUUGCCAAAAAGAUUUGGGCUAGAUGCUCCUCUCAACAAAUACAACCGUGGGAAAUUCUACUCUCAUGACCCUGUUAUCGGUUACACUGACUAUCCAUUUCUUCAAUGAAAUCACUUGAGCAAUGUGAGACUAUUUGGUGAUCAAAACAAAACUCUAAUUGAUGUUUUAUUCAACCCAA